AUGGAGCGGGAGGCCGAGAGGCUGAGACAGUGGCAGCCGGCUCAGCACCAGCUCGUGCAGGAUACUGAGAAGUCAAUGUCCAUCUUGGACACGUCUCCACCUCCUAGAUGCAGUGGAGGGCACACCUCUUGGAAUGAUGGCGCAUCAGGCUUUCAACACUUCCUUCAGUACACAGAGCUGGAGAGGAUCCCCUUGGCCUUAGCUGAGGCACCCAGGCAGAAUGCAAGUGAAAUGGGGCCACAGUUCAGUAUGUCACUGCCUGAGCAUGGUGUGAGCUACUGCUCCCAAGUGACUCCUUCCCAGAUGAUUUACUGUGAGGGACUGCCUUCCUCCCAGCCAGGAAUAAUGAUUUUCAAGGGGCCCCAGAUGAUGCCCUUAGGAGAGCCCAGUACUCCAAGGGUGGCCAUGACCUUUGCUAGGAAUCUAAGGAUGGCCCCCAGUGGGCCGCCAGUCUCAGCUCCCAGUGUAAUCUCAAUGACAUCCCACAUCAGUGUGCCAACAAUGCCUUAUUCUGGCCCCCCAACAGUACCUUCUAACAGAGACUCUUUAACACCUAAAAUGUUAUUGGCCCCAACCAUGCCUUCUCCUGAGGCCCAGGCAAUGCUCCCUUCUUUGACUCAGAGGUUGCCCCCUAGAGAACCCCAUGACUUUAGGGUGAACCCAGCUGGGUCCCCAUCAUUUCUGGCUUUAGAAUCCCAGCACCCUCUCAUCCAGCCAGGCUCCCAGGAAGACCCCUUACCCAAACAGCCCAUGCAUGCUCCACAGAGAGCAGAGUGGAACUCCAGGGCCCAGGAAAGGGCUCUCAGGAGGAGAUCCCCGGUUUCAAGGCCUUACUGCUGCCAGUAUGAAAGCUGCGGAAAAGCUUAUACUAAGCGCUCCCACCUUGUGAGUCACCAACGCAAACACACAGGUGAGAGGCCCUAUAAAUGCAUGUGGGAAGGCUGUAUGUGGUCUUUCUUCCGUUCUGAUGAGCUUGGACGACAUACGCGGAUACACACCAGAUAUCGACCACAUAGAUGUGAUCAAUGCGGUCGACAAUUCAUGAGAUCUGACCAUCUCAGGCAACACCAGAGGAUUCAUCGACAGGCACCAGGAUCCCCAGACCCACAGGCCAACAAUGGACAGAUGGCUGGUCGUCCUGCUCUUGGUCUUUAGGCCAGUCUCCCUUUCUCCUCAUCUUGGCUUCUCUGACCAGCUAGUCUUCAGUAGGUAUAGGCUUAGAUGAAGACAGAGAACGAUCAUGAGGUGGUGUUAAAGCCUAUAUGAGCUCUGGACCCAGUCAGAGACUCCUCAAAACUGUCUUGCAUGCCUUCACCUCUUUGGGGCCACCUACUUUUGCCAAGGUUGGCCGCAUGGGAAACUGAAGGCAAGUAGAGAUUGAGAGCUUUAUCAAAAAGCUCUUUAUCUUGUGUCACUCCCCAGCUUGAAACUCUUUAGUGACUCUCCUUUGCCUGCUACAUAAAAUCCAACUUCCUUAUCUU